UCUAUUUUGGGCCUGCCCCGGUUAUUUAUCAUCGUAAUGGCUCCCCGCGACUCUAAAUUCCUCCUUUUCACUCUCCAACUUCCAACCGACCUGUCAGGCUGCCAUCACAAGUGACACAUCUGGUCUAUAUACUUCCUUACAUCAAUAACCACGGAGGCCCCACCAUCCCGUUCUUAAACGGUACACUUCCUCUGUGCCCCGAGACUCCAAAGAGAUCGACUGUUUUACUAUAUUAUUCGGCUCCCCCCUUCUCAACUUGAAAGAGGAAAGAUGUAUCGGCAUUCAAUGGAUCACUAUCAAUCGUAUCCCAUGUACCCUGGGGCUCGCAGCCCCAGAAUGAGCAUGGAUUCCAACUCGUCGUUGGGCAGUAACAAUCCCUACCAACGAUUUCUUUCACCAUCCCCCACCCGGUCCUCUAUGAGCUAUAGACGCUCAUCUCCAAUCCCACCUCCGGAUUACGAUGACAUUAUGUAUGAGGCUCCUCAUCACCGCCGUGGAAGGCGUCGCUCUGGGCGCAAACUUCGCCACUCCCAAAUCGUCAGCCCCGAUAUCAUCGACCGCUUAGACUCCGCAGCCUUGUUCUCUUAUCACCACGAGGGGCCAUACGAUGCUGUCUAUCCUGAGCGCAACAGGAAUACGCAGGAAAGCCCUAUUGAGGCCCUUCGAGAGUCUAACGCAGAGGCCCUCAGAGCAACUCCAUACCACAAAAUCGCCGACUCCCUCAACAGCCAGCGCCCUCUUGACGGGGUUGCUUACUUCCCUCCCGGGCAUACCGAUCAAGAAGGCCAGACUUAUGAUUACGAGGAAGGUUACAAUAUGAUGAGUGACGCUGGAAACUUUUCCCGCCUUCCACCAUUCAAAUUCACGGAUGAAGAUUUCAGAAACGAUCCUUUUUACAACACUCCUGCAAAGCCCUUUGCUCCGAUACGGAACGUUUUUCGACGGAAGCACAGGGUCUCCGUCUAAAGGCUGACUCUUUUUCUGUCAGUCUGCGCGGUUUUUCUUUUCUAUCUUCUCGAGUCACCUAGUGGCUCCAAUACCCAGUUUGCAAGGAGUUGAAGGAGUUUAUUUAGACUAUUAUAUAUAUUGAGUUUAAUAUUUACAUUCUUGUAACCUUUGGUACGCGUAUACUGUAACUUUGUGGCCUGGAGUACGAACGGAGCAUAUCUCCCAAUGCAUUCUUUUGCCACGAGCGAAUGAAGACCUUGAACUGAGCAGAAUGCUCCGAAGUGCUUUUUCAAUUAUCGAUUUGACUGCAUAUUUAUUGCCAAUCGAUGCUGGCGAUUGAGGGGUUAACCCUUUUUAAC